CUGCCGAUCUAUGGCUGGGGCGGGCGCGGGCAAUGAGCGUGCGAUCGACAAGCAUGCAGUAAGUGUCAUUCGUUUCCUAAAUGAAAACAGCCAUGAAUUCCGGAAAUGCCGAAAUAAAAGUGGACACUACUACUUCGAUUUCGCCGCAGGAGGCUUCGGUGAUGUUUGUGAAAGAAAAUGGACACAGACAAGCCGAAAGUACAGCAGACAGACGUGGUGAUAUGGACGACCUUUUGGAUCCGUCAAUGGGCCCCACCAACUUGUCAUUUAUCAAGUAUCACAUGAGACGUCAUCGACGGCAGGUGAAGAUCGCGCAACUCCCAAUGCCGUCAGACAGUCUCAAAAAGACGGCAUCAGCGGCUGCAGCUGCCGCCUCGGCCCUCGGUUCAGUUAGUGAGAUACUGGACAAGGGGACAGAGGAUGCCGGUGAUGUCCACAGAAAAUCCUUUGAGAGUGCCCAUGCCUUCGAAGCGGCCAAUAUUAAUGAUCAGGAAACACUGGAUCUGCUGGCGCAAGAGCAGCGCCGGCAGAAAGUACUGCGCUCGGCCGGGACCUUCCGUCGUCAUAUGUACGACUUGACGGAGUCGCUGGCCUUCAACGGUUUCAUCUUGGGAGUUAUUCUGCUGAACACGGGCAUCAUGUGCGCUCUUACCUACGACACGGUGGCCGUCCGCGCAGGAUGGCACGCUACUGUCUUGGAUCACGUGUUCUUGGUCAUAUACUUCAUGGAAUGCGUCCUGAAAUUAUACGUAUGGCGACUGGAUUACUUCAAAGAACAAUGGAAUAUAGUUGACUUUACCAUAGUGGUUGUUAACAUCGCGGAUUUCAGCGUGUCUACUCUUGUUGGAAAUGACGUCAAUAUUCUCAACUUCAUUGGAAUCUUCCGAGCGAUGAGAGCGCUCAGAGCUUUACGGGUGCUGCGUACGGUUAGGUUUCUGAAAAGCCUCCAAGUUAUAAUGAACACUUGUCUGCAGUCAGUGCAGUCCAUGGGAGCGAUAACUAUGCUGAUAUCUCUCUUUCUGUACAUGUUUGCCGUAAUCGGCCGGGGUCUCUACGCCGAAGUGGAUCCGAAGCGCUUCGGUAACUUGGGCUCCGCAAUGUUCACGCUGUUCCAGUUGCUAACUUUGGACGACUGGUUUUACAUCUACGCAGAAGCGGUUGCCAAAGACCCAGGUUAUUUCCAUAUCAUCUUCUAUCUGGUGCUCUACAUUGCUUUUGAGUACUUCAUAUUUCUGAAUUUAUUCGUGGCGGUUCUUGUGGACAAUUUCCAGCUGACGUUGGAAGCGGCGGCGGCCAAAGAAGCCAUACGUAAAGAAGCCAUCAAAGUGGAGGAAGAGGACACAGACGAAGACACCCACGAUCUUCUCCCAAAGAGUCGCGUCUCGUCAAUAUCGUCGGAGGAACUCUUUAGGACCAAGAGGACGAUCGAGGAUUUUUACUCUAGCGAUGCUUACUCGGACAGGGACAGGAUAUAUCUGGCUCACUGUUUCCGCUUAUUGGCAGCCAUUGACUACAACGGCAACCUGUCUAGGAAUCAGAAAGGAACCCUGGACAAAAUAGUGGAUACAGUUCAGGAGACCACCGAUGACGCCUGAUUGGAAUUCCUUGUCACACUCUGUGGCAGGUCCCUACUCAGGAUGUGAGGCUGCUGAAGGCUGGAACAGUGCACCUUCAGACAAGAAUUCCGUCACUAGCCCAAAGUAGCGAAAGAAUAAAGUGUACACAGUUGAAGGUCCCCAUCGAUGAAUUUAGCUGUAAAAAUUCCAAUUCAGCCAUGUUUUAUGUUCUCUCUGGGGAAAAAAACACUUGCACUUCACACGGGCUUUAAAUCUGCUCAAGAGAAUUAGUGAUGGCAAACUAGCAAUCACUCACAUGCACAUUUGUGACUUGUUCAAACAAAUUGUACAAAUGCACAAUAAUUUGUUGGAUUGGUGGAGAUGUACAGAAAUAAAACAGGCUGCUCUUCUGAAGUUGGAACUUUUUUUUACAAUGCCCAUCAAAUCUACCGAACCUAAACAAAUUGUCAGACAAGGAAGUUGUGACGAUUCAGUUCGAUGAGAAUGACUUUAUUCCAGUGGAACAGCAUAAUUCUUGAGUCAAUUCAGAAGCAUAUAACUAGGUAGGCCUUCAACUAAAUCCAAAUGACAUUUAUAUUGAAUGAAACGAUUGUUAAUUUUCAACGUGGUGCAAUACAAAAUGCCAAAAAUGAAAAUUCAUCAAUGGAAUGUCCAAUACACACAAUAUACACAAUGAACGAUAGGAUUUUUACAUUUUUACAAAAUCUUAUGGGAAAUCAACAGCUUUUCAGUUGAUCCAUAGGUACAAAAGACCAAAAAGAGAAAAUCUGGGUCAAAACCCCCAAUUUGCCUGAGAACCUUUAAAAUAGACCCUUCCCCCACUGUUACUGGUUUGUCAGGAUGCUACCGAUGGAUACUUUGCCCAUCAUGGACGGGGCCCAUGAAUGGUGGUGACUUUGUUCCUGUUGAUGGUAGUAAUAUGUACAUGUAUUUAUCAGUGGCAAUCCUGCCCGAGUUGAAGUGCGCCCCCAAGCGGCAAAAGAAAGACA